AUGAACUUAGCGUGGUCGUGUAGUGUCUCCUCCACCGCACCCUUCACCUCUGCCACCAACAACGCCCUUCCAAAGACACGGCGUCGUUUUCACGUGAAGUCGUUGAAGCGAAAGGCAAAAACAGGGAGUGCAGGGUUGCUGAGGGAGCCAAAGAAGGAGUUGUCGCGCAUUCUCCGAACUGAAGCCGCCAUUAGAGGCGUUGAGAACAAGGCCAAGUCCAACUCCCAUAAACAGCUCUGGCCUAAGGCCCUUCUCGAAGCCCUAGAUGACGCCAUCAAAUGCUGUCGUUGGGAAUCCGCUCUCGGGAUUUUUGCACUUCUUCGAAAGCAAUACUGGUACGAACCACGAUGCCAAACAUAUGCAAAGCUGUUGAUGAUGCUUGGCAAGUGCAGGCAGCCUGAAGAGGCUUCUCUUCUCUUUGAGGUCAUGUUUUCUGAAGGGCUUAAACCUACCGUUGAUGUCUACACUGCUCUUGUAAGUGCUUAUGGUCAAAGUGGUCUCCUUGUUCAGGCAUUUUCUACUGUUGAAGAUAUGAAAUCAGUUGUUGACUGUGAACCAGAUAUUUACACAUAUUCUAUUCUUGUCAGUUGCUGUGCAAAAUUUCGUCGUUUUGAUUUGAUUGAACAUGUCCUUGCGGAGAUGUCAUUUCUGGGCAUCCAAUGUAACUCUGUGACUUAUAAUUCCAUAAUUGAUGGAUAUGGUAAGGCUGGCAUGUUUGAACAGAUGGAUAAUACAUUGAAUGAUAUGAUUGAAAACGGCAACUGCCACCCAGAUGUUUUCACGCUGAAUUCUUUUGUUGGAGCACAUGGAAAGCAUGGGAAAAUUGAAAAGAUGGAGAAGUGGUAUGAUGAAUUUCAGCUAAUGGGCAUAAAACCAGACAUAACAACAUUCAAUUUGAUGAUAAAGUCCUAUGGCAAAGCUGGCAUGUAUAAGAAGAUGAAGACUGUCAUGGAUUUCAUGGAGAGAAGGUUGUUCACUCCAACAAUUGUAACAUAUAAUACCGUCAUUGAGGUGUUUGGCAAAGCUGGAGAGAUUACGAAGAUGGAUCAACACUUUCUGAAAAUGAAGCAUCUUGGAGUGAAGCCUAAUUCUGUUACUUAUUGUUCACUUGUCAGUGCAUAUAGCAAAGUUGGACGUAUUGACAAAAUUGAUUCAAUCAUGAGGCAUGUUGAUAAUUCUGAUGUAGUAUUGGAUACUCCCUUCUUUAAUUGCAUAAUUAGUGCCUAUGGGCAGGCUGGUGACUUAAAAAAGAUGAGCGAGUUAUUCAUGGGCAUGAGAGAAAGAAAAUGUGAACCUGAUAGCAUCACUUUUGCUUGCAUGAUCCAGGCAUACAACUCCCAAGGGAUGACUGAGGCUGCUCAAAAGUUUGAAAACAUGAUGAUUUCUUCCAAAAAUAAUUUGGACAUUAAGUUGAUCGAAUGCUAG